AUGGAAUGGUUUUUGAUAAUUGUAACGAUAGUGAUGGCACUAUUGUUAUUAUUUGUGAACUUCUACUUACUAGUUUUGUAUUGUCAUCGUAUUUUAAUGAAAUCUAUAAAAUAUAGCUGAUGAUAGUGGUUGGGGUUCAUCAUUAGUAUGCAAAGUAUUUGUGAUUAUUGGAAUGACAUUGACUUGGGCUUAAGUGUUGAUGUUGCCAUUGGAUGCAGCAAAUUCAAGGUAAAGAAGUUAACAAAUUGAAUUAGAGGCCUUGGAGAAGGUUUGGAUAUGGAUUUCUUUUGGAAGUUCAUCUACAUGUUGAUUUUGAUAUUUGGAACCCUUUUUAUCCCAUUCGCUCAAUACUAUUACGAAUCAGAUGAUGAGAAGUCUGUAGGCUAACGAUGCUGUGCAGCUCUCUAUUAACAAUUAUGUUUUGUAGUAAUUGUAGCACUUUUGCUAUUUAUUUCCUAUGCAUUUUUACGAUUUGCUGAUAUCCCAGUCUACAUUUCAGUCAAAUCCUGUGCAUAGCCAACAAUUUUCUUGGAUUCUGAAACCCCAUUUACAGGCGUAGCAAAUUCUUUGCAGGAGGAUUCGGCUGACACUCUGGAAUAUGAAGUUAGUUUCCCAGUUUAUGUGAUGGCAUUUAUGUCAUUGUUUGGGUAUUGCUUAUUCGUGAUUUUUGGGGGAGUUGGUUUAACAGCAUUACCAGUUGAUUUGAUAUAAGAAUUUAUACAUAGACCUAAAAAAUUGACAACUGCAGAGGGAACGUAGAAGAAAAGCAGUCUAAAAAGGAAAGCCUUUGAAUUGAUUGAGGAAGGCAACAAAAUUAGAGAUGAAUAAAAAGAGGCGACUGCUAUAAAGGGAUGGUGGGCCAGCUAUAGAGAGAAAAGAAGAGUGCGGACUCAAUUUACAAGAUAUAAGAAUGCAGUUCUAUGUUUAGAUAGAGAUAACGAAAUAUUCAAAAUGGAACUUAAAUAUUUUGAUACCAAUCCAGUUGUUUGGUAUUUUAAAUUGGUGGUUGGAGUGAUAUUCUGCGUUAUUUCUUUCAUAUGGUGGUUGCACAUGUAUAUAAUUAAUUGAAAUGAAUAGACUGCUGUUUAUAGUAAUAAGAGAUUCAGAUGGGAUAUCAGCAAGUCCAUUUCUUAAUAAAAUUUUGAUUGGCUUAGAAGAUGGAAAUGCAGGGUUUUUAUGCGUUGGUAUAUUUGGAUUCCUUUGCAUAUAUUUAUUGUGGUGCACUUAGAAGGGCAACAUUAAAUUUGGUCUCAGGAUUCCUUUUCUAUUCUCCUUGCAUAUAAUGAAGUAUGAUGUUCUUGAUUAUCAUAGAGUAAAUGAGACUUGGAUGAAUACUUUUCUAUUUAAUGUCCAGCUGAUGUUAAUCUGUUCGGUGGCUGUUACUUAGUUUUGUACCAAGGCGUUUUCCCAGUACAUUAGACUGAGCACUCUCAAUAGUAAAUCUUUGUUUUAUAGUAGUGUUGUUUAGUACUCAAAUUCAAUACCUACGGUUCUUUACUUAUUUAUAUUCUAACAAUGUAUUUGAAAUUAUCUUACUGGUCUGGUCAGUUUUAACAAUGAUAUAUUUGCUUAUCAGAAGAUCAGACAAACCUAAAAUCCUUAAGGAAAUCGAAGAAAUGUAAAAACAAGAGUUCAAAUGA